UGUUGCCGUUGUCAGUACCGGUGCGCAGUCGGUGGUCGCGGUUGGUGUUAGAUGGUUAAAAGGAAAUAGAUUCGAAAACGGAGCAACGUAAACGGUAAACGCGGUUCAUCCACGUGCUCCGGCUUUACAGCCGGCAGUGGCGAGCCGGUAUUCCGGCGCUUACGAUCUCGAUUUCCGUGAGAUAUCUCGUUAAUCCGGCAGACUAACCGAAGGAACAGGCGACAUAAAUGGUGACGUAAACGCGAAAAUAACAAAGUAUCGCAAAGUACGUAGGAUUCGAAGUUGAUCGAUUUCGCAAGUUGAACGUCGAGACGUUAAACAUAUUUGUUGCGUGUGUCGCAUGGUCGACGUAUCGAAUGUUACGUACAGAAGGUUCGUGGAAAACAGACGCUAGACUCGAGAACCUAGAACGGGAUUAAAGACAAUGCGAGAAGGAAGAGGAAAGAAAAGUACGAGAUAAACGAGAGCAGAGGAAGAGAACGAUACAGAGGCGAGGUCGAUCAUCGAGAAACUGAAAAGAAAUCGAUUUUUCGAAGCAUUUUUGAAUAAUCGUUGCACGGUCCUGUCAACGAUAAAACGUAUUCGAUUCAAGUUAGAACAGCGAAGAGAGAGGGUUUAGUUGGAUACGAUCGCGUUAUGCUCUUUCGCGAUUUAAUCGACCCAAUCAAAGAAUCGAGCGACCGAUCUCGAACGAAUGUUUCCCCAAUGGAAAAUCGCGGUGUCUGAAAAGGUGCAGUUCCGUUUUCUCGUCGGGAUAUUCGUGGAAGAUGUGUACACGCAAGAAAUAUCGUUGAAAGCCGAUCCUUCGUUUUUCGACUAACAUACGAUCGAAGUGGCAUCACGCGCACACGCAGCUACGCACGACCGCGUGAUUAAUCGAUCGAUCGAAUCGAUUCGGCUCGCGAUCAGUGAUCCCGUAAGAGAUACGAUUCGCGCCUCGCUCCUCCGUUCGAACGAUAUUAAGAAACACGAAGAUUCGUAUGUCGUCGGUUAACGCAGGUUGCGGCAGUUACGCGAACGAAAAACAAGAAACGAAAAUAACGAAAGAGCGACGGAGAAGCGGGUGAAGAGGGUGGCGAACAGAAGGGUGACGACCACGGCAAAAGCCGCGGGACGAUGAGCGACGGCAUAGUCGGUGCAAUCGCGAUCAGUCUGUUUGGCAGCGAGAAGAAACGUCGGGACAGCAUGGAUGCCGGUUACACGAUACUUGGCAACGAUGUCGAUGUCUGCAGAAUGUUCGACCAAUUCUCUUACAAGAGAAACGAGAGUCUGGAUUUUUCGUUGAACGUUCCGCAGCAUCAUCACUCGACGUCCUACCACCACAAUAGCUACGCCAUGGCUGAUCAGACGUUUCACACUCCCAGUUUCGGUGAUGAAGAUUUCGACAUCCCGGCUAUCCAUUCGCACUCGCAUCAACAUCAGCAGCAGCAGCCGCCGCAGCAACAGCAGCAACACCAGUCUCAACAGCAGCAGCCUCAGGCUCAAUCUCAGCACGAUCCGAUGCACGGCUACCAAACACAGAUGAUGCAAACCGGCAGCGUGCAACAAUCUGCGGAUGGGUUGAAUCUCGAUCCGGGUGGAUAUCAACAAUCCCUUUAUCUGCAGCAGGACCACUCGAUGCAGCAGCCGAUGAGCGUUAGCUCGACGUAUAGUAACUCGCAGGGUUCGUAUGCGAGCAUGAAUUCUCCGCGGCAACAACAUGGAAAUCAGCAAAUAAUGUUGCUUCAACAGCAGCAACAGCAACAGGCACAGAUGCAGCAACAUAUGCAGUACAUGCAUACUCAACAGCAGCAGCAGCAGCAACAACAACAACAACAGCAGCAACAGCAAUUGCAGCAACAAAUACAAUAUAGGAGUCCAACGGGUGGUAGUCCAUCCGCGAUACAAUCAAGCACGAUCCCCGAGGCAAACAACAAUACUACCACUAGCGAAGAUAGCGACGACAGUACACCUCAUUCCGGAAUGAUUACCGGCAUUAAACGACCCUCACCGGAACCGACCGACGUUGCAGCAAAAAAUCAAAGGAAACCAAAAUCGCAGAAAAAGAAGAAGAAAAGAGAUCCCAACGAACCGCAAAAGCCCGUUUCGGCGUACGCACUGUUCUUCAGAGAUACCCAAGCCGCGAUAAAAGGACAAAAUCCAAAUGCGAGCUUCGGCGAAGUUUCAAAGAUCGUCGCUUCGAUGUGGGAUGCGUUGGAGACCGAGCACAAGAACGUUUACAAGAAGAAGACCGAAGCAGCGAAAAAGGAAUAUCUGCAGGCACUCGCGGCGUACAGAGCGUCUCUGGUUAGCAAGGGUGCGGCCGAAAACGAACAACAACUUUCUCAGCAGCAACCGCAACAGCAGCCAUCGUCGCAACAGCAACAAGUUCAAUAUACGGCGUAUGGUAGUUACGCCGGGAACGGAACACCGGGAAACGUCUCGUAUCAGGUGUACAGUCCGCAGCCUCAACCUUCUUCGCCUCAGCAACAACAUCCGCAUCCUCAUCCGCAUCAACAGCUUCAACAUCAUCAGCAACCCGCGCAACAAAUGCAAAUAAAGAAAUCUCCUCACCAUUUAACCAUGCCAGGAAACUCGCAGCAGCAACAAACGCAACAAACUAUGAUGACUACAUCGAUGGCGCCAACGCAUAUUUCGCAACAGCAACCAUCGCAGCAACAGCAGCAGCAUAUGCAGCAACAGUACAUGCAGAUGCCGCAACAGCAAGUGCAACAAGUACCGCAACAAUCGCAGCAACAUCAUCAGCAACAGCAACAACCGUCGCAACAGCAACAGCAGCAGCAGCAAAUGAUACAUUCGAAUCCAACAAAGAGCGAUUCUUUGUCGAGUUCACCGUCGGCAGUGAACUCUGUAACUCAGGCUGCGAACAUGGCUGGUCAAAGACCGACGUCGAACGCUUGUAUACGUCACGGAUGCCCGAACCCCGCCGUUGCUAACAGCGAAUGGGAGGACGAGUAUUGCAGCAACGAAUGCGUGGUCAGCCAUUGCAGAGACGUAUUCACCACGUGGGUAUCGUCGAACCAAAAUCCACAACAGAAUUUCUCGACCGUAAAAUAAGGAUGACGGGCAGGGCUGGGUGAAACGCAGCGAUCGUUUAAAAUGUUUCCUACCGUUUGUUGUAGUCGCGGAACACGAAUAUACCUGAUGUUCAAAGCGUGAUCCGAUUCGAUAUCUUUUGUACAUAUGUCCAUCACACGAAUAGUCACACACGCACGCACACACACACACACAUGCGCGCGCGCGCGCAUGCAUACACACACACACAUAUACACAAGGUUUCGCGUUAAAUCAAAAGAGGAACGACCGCUAAGCGCUAAGCGAAUCGCUACACAGAUCUCCAAGUUUCGUUUGAAAGACUGCGUGCGUCGCAGCACGAUGCCCGUCAACGCGGAUAUAUAAUAUUGCCGUUUCACUUUUCCACUGACUACGUUUUUCGCGCGAGGACGAGCAACGUAGCUGCGUAAUCGCGAAAGAGUAUUAGUAUCGCCAAAGUAUAGCAGCUGAAAAGAUCAUCGGGUUGCAGUUCGAGGGAAUCGAUCUCGUUAUUGCGCGUUUACCGAUCGCGCGAAACGUUCACGUGCCGCGUACACACUAUCGAAAACGAAACGUAACGAUGAAUCGCGCGCGACCGUAAACCAAGUUGCAUUCCUUGAACGUCUAGUUAGGGACCGUUUAACGAUAGAUAACAGUAAUUUCGUAGAGAUAUAUUCACACACGUUAGGAUACGUCUAUUCCAUACUGAAUUCGCAUAGGUGCACCACGCCGUGUCGAAAUGGUAGAAACGGGCAACGUAAAAAAGCAAGUAUUUGCCUGUUGAUCGAACUGCGUUGACAAUUCGUUUAUAAUUAAUAAUCGAUGCGAGAACGCGAAUGACGAGCGCGAAAAGGAAGACACGGCGAAGAAUAGGAGAAGAGCGAGAAAGGACUGGCGAUUGGUAGCCAUCACGAAUGAGCGACGCAACUUAUUUUUGUAUAAUUUUACAAAGAAAGAACAAGUCGCGGAGAAGAUUCGUACAGAUGCUAGGGAAGACGUGAUCGUUACCUGACACGAUAUGGUUCGUCAAAUUAAUUCGCACAACCGAUUCGAUUGUUUUGUUCGUUUCUGCUCGCGUUCGUUGCGUAUCGUAUCGUAUCGUAUCGUAUCGUAUCGUAUCGUUUAAUCGAUAUCGAUAUCGAUAUUGGCAUUACUUUCUCAACUGGUAUACGUUCGAAUUUGUGGAUACGAUCGAAACAAACGAGUCGAUGUUAUUUAUUUCGAAACACGAUAUAGUCUGUACUGACGCGAGUCUUUAGCCGUUCACGAUCGCCGAACAAAGAGUAACUUGAUAACGAUGGAAAAUAAAGGUAACUUAAACGGGAGGAGCCUAAAAAAGCUGAAUUUUUUUUUUGUUAAAUUUGUGAGAAAGUACGCGCGUGUGUAUACCCCUGCAAAUCUUUGCAUCUGUUCUCGACGGCGAUUCUGCGCGAUUUCUGACUCCAGAAAGAACUGGGGAAUUAGCAAGUUAAUAUGUUUAUAUUACGAAAGAUCAUGUAGCUUUUCCGUGACAGACAGUACUCACGUGCCCAUACACGCACGCGCAUGUAAUCGCGUGGCAUCGAUAAGUUUUUAAACCAUCUUUUUCUUUCUAACAGUAUCCUUGUACAUACAACAAAAAAAAAGAAAAAAAGAAUAAUAUUCCGUAGAUUUAUAAGUCCCUACGAUGUAAACAUAAUCUAUAGUGUAACAUAUUGAUAAUGGCGUAACUCACAUAUACACACAUACGUAUAUAACCAUAUAUACAUGCGCGUGCGCGCGCGUAUGUGUGCAUGUGUGUUGUCUGUGGUAUAUAAAUAAAUAAAUAAAUAAUUAUAUAUAUGUAUAUCAUAUAUAUAUAUAAUUUAAAAAAUGUAUAUCAUAUAUAUAUAUAUAUAUAUAAUAUGAUAUAGAAAUAUAUAUUAUAUAUGAUAUAGAUGAUAUAAUAUGAUAUAGAAAUAUAUAUUAUAUAUAUAUAUAUAUAAUAUGAGUAAUAUAAAUGUAAAAAUUAAUCGGUGACGUCGUGCAUACAUGUGUACAUAAGUACGUACCUACAUAUGCAUGUAUACGUAUACGCGACUCACGCCUGUAUGUACGUAUGUAUAUAUGAAUGUGCACACGUAGCAAAUGAUGCGACAGCUACGAAUAACUGCGUUGUCGUUAUUAAAUGUAAACAAUCACUACAUAGAUGGUUAUGAAUUGGCCGAAUUGCCCGAAACGCGACGAUAUUUCGCACGUGGCUCGAUAACAUCGGUCCUCGAUCCAAAACACGGCGGGUUCGAAUUUUUCCAGGGUUAGACGUAAUCACGUAAAUCUGUAUACCGAAGAACAAAAACACAAAAAACAAAGAAAAGACGAAAAGAGAAAAAAGAAAAUAAAAUUUAGAAGAUAUCCAACUAAUCGUGUAUAUCGUCGAUACGUUGAUAGCAACCUUGUGUCCCCUCUUUCUAUUUACCGUUACAUGCCAUUGCACUUACAUGUACAUACGCGUAACAAUGUAUACUCGAAACAAAUUUAAUUUUCUUUCCAUAGAAUUUGGUUUUUUUUCAUGUAACAGGCUGAGUGGAGUAAAUGUACGCAACCACUCGAUGACACAACUAUCGCGAGUUGCUCUCGAGAGCAUUUUUUGCAAGUGGACAGAUACUGCAUCGAGAGCGAUUAUCCGAUUCGAUAGUGGAAUCGAAUAGCGACUCUCAAAGCGAUGUUCGUUCGCGAACGAUACUCUCGAGAGCAACCGACGAUAGUUUCGCUCUCGCGUACACGCGUAACUUGACAGAGACUCUAGUUUGACAAGCUAUAUUACGAGCGAUAGUAUUCGACGAAUUAAUAAUCGAUUCUUUCGAACGGAACGUAGUUUUCUAUCGGCCAGGACAAUAUACCGUGAAGCACGUACCGUCGUUAAUGUAUGCGUAACACAAUGACUAUAGUUUUUAUUUAAAAUUACUUUACGAGGUACAUUUAUAUAUACAUAAAAAAUGUAUGACUAAUACAUUUAAGCUUACGCAAUAUGGACAUAUUCGUACACGUGCAGUAACGUAAUUGUAACACUUUUUUUUUUCCAUUUUCGUUCUUAUACUCUGCGAGUUUAAUUUCUUAUUUCUUGUUCAUUUAUUAGAAUCAACUUUCGAUGCGAAUUAUCAACAAUUUACAUCUAACUUGUAUCGAUUUUCUACGAACGAUACCGGAAUGUUGCAAGUCCCUUUGGCCGAAACAAAUAAAAUUCUCGCAAAAAUGUCAACAACAAGUUCCGUUACGACGAUCGUUGUACACGAUCCCGGAAUCGAUAGUCGAACGAAUCGAGUUCGGUCGAAUCGAGUCGAAGUUUAGAAACGGUCGUCUCCAUGUUGGCGAUCAGCGAUCGCACGAAACAGAUAUAAAGAGGAGAGUGGGUCUAGAACGAGAUAACGCGCAACUUUGAACAAAGGGAAACGAAAUUGAUAAAAACGGUGCAAAUCGCGGAGACGAGGUUUACGAGCGAACGAGGAGGAGGAGGAGGAGGA